ACAAACGGGGGUUAAGGUUCGGAGGCAACGAUAUAUAGACGUCGUGGGUUCGAGGCGCGGGCAAUAAGAGUUGAGUGAACCAGGGCAGGGCAGGGAAGGGAAUUGAAUUGAAUUGCGUCUAAUGGCUGUGAGCAUCUGUGCAUUCAUGGGCUACGGAUCGGGCACCAGCAGCUUAAUUAACGGCACAAAUAGAAGGCUCAGGCAACAGGACGCGCCCAUAGUGUUGCAGCUGAACCAGGGGAAACCAAAAGGGAAAGGGAAAGGGAGAGGGAAAGGGAAAAGGGUUCUUGUUGUGAGGAGCCAAAAGGGUGGGGUUUCUGAUAAUGUUGCGGUGAUAAAUGGCACUGAUAAAAUAUCCGGUCUGCUGCAAUCGGGGUCUCUGGAGGAUGAAUUGGCCCGGGUCUUGAGUUCCAUGAGGCAAAGGGAAGAAAAGGGGCGGGGAGCCGUAAGGGUAGCGUAUCAGGGCUGCCCGGGAGCUUACAGUGAAGCGGCGGCUAUAAUGGCGCAUCCAGGCUGCGAAGGCGUGCCCUGUAAGAGCUAUGAGGAUGCAAUCUGGGCCGUGGAGUCACGGCGGGCAGACCGGGCCAUUUUGCCCGUGGAGAGCACCCUGGAGGGCAGCGUGGUUCGAAACUACGACCUCCUGGUUCACCAUAGCCUCCAUAUUGUGCAAGAGAUCCAGCUCUUUGUGCACUAUUGUUUGCUGGUUGUGCCUGGUGUGAGCAAGGAGGAUGUGAGGAAAGUUAUCAGUCAUCCCAUGGCUCUGGCGCACUGUGGGCAAACCCUAGCGCGCCUAGGGCUCGAUUCUGCGCCGGUGGAUGACACGGCGGGCGCGGCCGAAUUGCUUCUGAACAAUCGGCUUACCGAUACGGCAGCCAUAGCCAGUUGUAGAGCAGCUGAGAUCUACGGGCUCAGGGUCGUGGCUCGUGGUGUGCAGGACGAGAAAUGGAACACGACUCGUUUUCUGGUUCUCGCCCGGAAAUCGGACCUGCCGCCACCACCGCAGGAGGACGACCACAGGCCGCUGAAGACCUCCAUUGUGGUCGCCCAUGGCGGAGGCCUUGACCCGCUCUUUAAGGUACUCUCUGCUUUCUCCAAAAGGAAGAUAAAUCUGACCAAAUUCGAAGUGAAACCCCAAACCGGGGCUCCUCUUAGGGUUCUGGACGUCAAUGGUGGAGGAUCUGUGCGCCAAUUUGAGCAUGUGUUUUACAUCGAUUUUGAGGCAUCCGUUGCCGAUCCCAACGCCCAGAGCGCGCUGCAGGAGGUACAGGAGGCCACGACCUUUGUCAGGGUCUUGGGCUCCUAUACGGCCGAUUCCAAGAUUUACAGCCUCGAUUAGCACCCAAAUUCGUAUUUUUAAAAGAUCGAGGAUCGGUCCUGCUGGAUCCUCGCGUGAUGAUACAUUUGGGACUGUGGAUCAAUGGAGUCCGACAGCAUUAUCGGGUGAACUUUUGGAUCUUGGGUUGGGUUGAGCUCGGUGCUGCUCAUCGAUGAUGGAGUAUGUGCCUGCAAAUGAAGGUACGUUGUUUUGAGAACUGUUGAUAUACAUACCAUUUAUGCAGCUUCUGGUUUUCUUUGUACCUUUGUAUAUCAGGGUAAUUGACUGGUGUAAGGGUAACUAGCGCGGGGCCCUUUAAUAUAACUGGUGUCCUCUGUAAGCAUAUAUAUAUUGAUGCAGUUGUAUAUUCUUGCUAAUCCAUGUGCUUCACUGAGGAUGUAGAUGCUAUUCCUAUUGCAUUGGAUGUAAAUGGAAAUCCCUAUAUAUAAAUAGUUUGCUUAUUGGGAUUAUAUAUAUUUUAAAAGGCAAACUCUUUUAUUUAAUAGAAAGAAUUUGUGUGGGUGAGAAAUUUUCAUGUAA